UGAACGGACUCAAAUGGAUUUUGGUGAGUGGUGUGUCUCGGCAGCAGCAGUUAUUCCAUUGAGAAAAGCCAGCACCAAUGAUGAAAUCCGCACCAGAAACACGAAAUCCGCCAUCAGCUAUGAGGUCUGGGGUGCAAGAUCGAGAUCGAGAUCGGGCAGCCACCAAAUGAGACGCAAUUGUCACUCUGCCCAUUAGAUUGUCCAGUUUUUUUUUUUUUUUUUUUUGUCCGCUGACAACUGCCGCCAGUUUCGAAUAUAAAACUGAAGACCAGCCGGAAAAUGCAUCUCACAUUUGAGCUGAGUUCUCGCAGUGCAGACACAUCCAAACCAGAGCUCCCUCAUUCACACAUCCUUCGCCAUGAUUGCCCAGACUCUGUUCGUUUUGGCACUGAUCCUGUCCGCUGUGGUGGCCAUUCCCAUUGAUCCCUAUGGACUGUCGGCUCCGGGUCUCACCUAUGCAGCUCCCAAGCUGCUAGCUGCUCCUGCCAUCUCCUAUGCAGCUCCCAAGCUUCUGGCUGCUCCUGCCAUCUCGUAUGCUGCUCCUGCCAUCUCAUAUGCUCCCAAGGUACUGGCCGCUCCCGUUGCCGUGGCCAAAGUGGCUGUGGCCGAGCCCUACGAUCCCAAUCCGCAGUACAGCUUCUCGUACGGAGUAACCGAUCAUCACACCGGCGACUCCAAGCAGCAGGAGGAGACCCUGGUCAACGGAGUCGUCCACGGCAGCUACUCCCUGGCCGAGCCCGAUGGCACCAUUCGCAAGGUCACCUACACCGCCGACAAGGUCAACGGCUUCAAUGCCGUCGUGGAGAAGAAGGGCGUGGCCGCGGUGGCCAUUGCCAAGCCAGCUCUGGCCGUCGCCGCCGUUCCCGCCAUCACCAAGAUUGGAUACGCCUCGGCGCCCGGCCUGAGUCUGGGUGGAUACCACUAGGCGAUGAGUCUCCAGCGAUGAUGCAGCGAUGACAAACUACUCCAUGGCCUAAGUUGUAGGACCGUUGUUAAAUAGUUCUAAUGCAUUUACCCACAUUUCUGUCAGUCAAAACCCGAAACACAAAGGACGUGCGUGCUGUUGCCACCCCGCUGUUGACCCCCACAUUCCCAAUUCCCAAUCUCCGAUCGAUGGAUCGCCAACAUAGACUACGUUUAGGGAUACCGUUCUGGGGAUCUGGGGAACGGCUAUCGGCCACUUAGUGAAUUAGUAACUGCAUUUACUGAAUAAAA